AAGCAGAGUAAAGUGAUGAGCCGGGACAGAGCGGUAUCGGGGCCCGGGGUAGACGGGGUCCAGGCCGUGAUAAACCGGGACAGAGCCACUGCGGGGCCCGUGGCGGACGCGGUCCUCCAGCCCGUGAUGAGCCGGGACAGAGCGAUGAUCCCGGCCCCGGAGAGCGGGGACGGGAUCCAGACCGUGGUGGGUCCGGACAGCGCGGACAUUCUGGACGGAGUCGCGUCCGGAGAGAAGCAGCGGCUCUUCUCCAACUCAGUGGCCGCAGGCAGAGACGUUCAGGCCGGGGAGAACCACUCUGAAGCACCGCCGACCAACCCGGUGUUAGCGCCGCCGCCGCAGGGCCCCACCGGGCACCGGACCACCUCCUUCUCUGUGCUCGACAUCCUGGACCCCAACAAGUUCACGAGCAACCGGCGGCCGCAUCAGCAGCAGCAGCACGUGUCUCUCCGCGCUGAGCGCGAGAUGUACGGAGCCGAGAACCGGAGAGGAGGCGCGGGCGAGCGCGAGGCCAGCCUGGAGUCCAGUAAAGGCUGCUACGGUACCGAGGAGUACGCGAGCAAAGAAGUCUUCUCGUACAGAAGUCCAGAUGAAGAAGACUACCACAGACCCGGGACCCCGGACUCCGAGGCCCCUGACGGCCCCUACAGCAGCGAGGAGAGCAGCUCGGCCUUGACCAGCAGCGGUGAGAGAGAACAGCACAGUCACCUGGACUCGUCCAGAGACACCAAGAGUCCAGGAGCAGGUUCUACAGGUCAGAUGAACGGCAGCCAGAGCAACGGAGGCCAAACCAAGGCCAAGAGGAAGCGCUCAGGCUCAGACUCCAAGUCAGGGAAGCCCCGCAGAGCCCGGACUGCCUUCACCUACGAGCAGCUGGUGGCGCUGGAGAACAAGUUCAAGUCCACACGUUAUCUGUCAGUGUGUGAGCGGCUCAACCUGGCCCUGUCGCUCUCCCUCACCGAGACCCAGGUCAAGAUCUGGUUCCAGAACCGCCGCACCAAGUGGAAGAAACAGAACCCUGGCGCCGACACGUCCGCCCCCACAGGAGGAGGAACGGGAGGAGCGGGGGGAGGAGGGGGAGGAGGGGGAGGCCUCGGGGGCCUCAGUCCCCUCAGUCCGUCACCGCCGGUCAGCGGACACCUGGCCAUGCACGCGGGUUACAGCGGACACCAUCACCCCACCAGCAGCCUGGUGCAGCUGCCUUUCCUCACCGCCAGCCACGUCCUGUCACCCUUCAUGCUGGGGACGCAGAGUUACGCUGGCCCCGCCUUCUACAGCACACACCUGUGAACACACACACACACACACACACACAGAUACAGACACACGC